AUGACUACUACUACUACUACUACUACUACUACUACUACUACUACUACUACUACUACUACUACUACUACUACUACUACUACUACUACUACUACUACUACUACUACUACUACUACUACUACUACUACUACUACUACUACUACUACUACUACUACUACUACUACUACUACUACUACUACUACUACUACUACUACUACUACUACUACUACUACUACUACUACUACUACUACUACUACUACUACUACUACUACUACUACUACUACUACUACUACUACUACUACUACUACUACUACUACUACUACUACUACUACUACUACUACUACUACUACUACUACUACUACUACUACUACUACUACUACUACUACUACUACUACUACUACUACUACUACUACUACUACUACUACUACUACUACUACUACUACUACUACUACUACUACUACUACUACUACUACUACUACUACUACUACUACUACUACUACUACUACUACUACUACUACUACUACUACUACUACUACUACUACUACUACUACUACUACUACUACUACUACUACUACUACUACUACUACUACUACUACUACUACUACUACUACUACUACUACUACUACUACUACUACUACUACUACUACUACUACUACUACUACUACUACUACUACUACUACUACUACUACUACUACUACUACUACUACUACUACUACUACUACUACUACUACUACUACUACUACUACUACUACUACUACUACUACUACUACUACUACUACUACUACUAGUACUCGGGAAAGGAUUUAUAUUAUUGAUUUCAACAAUUGGAUAUUGAUCAAAAGAGAGAAAAGAAAAAAAAAGAGAAAGAUAUUUCGGUAACGACGAGAUUCUAAUUUAUGGACGAGCCAAUCAGAGGCGUUUUGAAGAAAUUUUAGGUUACAACGUCAAUUUUAGCACCCGAUGAUCACGUACAACUGGUUCACAGCUGAUUUUAGAGAAAACGUGAAAACUGAGUGGAUGCAACAAAUAGGAUUACUAAGAAGUUCCUUUAUUUGUGUUUGUGGUAGUCCAAUGAGUUGUAGACCUUGUGCAG